GGUGUUUAUCCGGUUUCUCUUGGCUUCUCACAGCACUGCAAAUCGCGUCCAUGACCCAAUGCUUCCACAUCUACCACGGCUUUGACAAAUUCAAUCGCAAAACACGUCCCAUUUUUCUUCAUGGUCGGGGCACUUAGUUUUGCUAUGUUCUGGAGAUGGAACACAACAUGAACAGCAGGGAACUAGAGAGUAUACGCGUAACGCGAGACGCGACCUAUCACCUUCAAACCGAGGAGGCAGAGUUUUAUCCGAUUCAUAAAGUUUCGCGACGGAGACGGAACAGAAAAUGGCUUUCUAUCUAUCCGCAUUGUCCCGCCGGUGCUGGAAAACGCUGGUUUUAUUCAAUCAUUUACUGUUUUACUGGCUGUGGUUGGGCCGGGUGGUCCAUCGGCGCGACAAUAGGCCAACGGUCCGCUCCGAGCGGGAACGGGAUUCCACAGCCCGUCGCUUCCCCGGUCCCUGCUAGCUGCUUAGCUAACCGCUACCACUCAAGCAGGCCGCCUCUGUAUUAACCCGAUUCUGCAGCCAACAGGGUCGUCCCGAAGGACGUCGCAUUUUGGGAUGUGAACCCUAGAGUCCGAGGGCGGGUCUAGGCCGGGUUGAGCCAUGAUACGCCCGAUCUCGAACCCUUAAAACCGGCACCCAUCUCACUACACCACACCACCACCUCCCAAAACAACCUCAUAACUCAGACAACGGCCACCAAGUCACCAAAACGCCAGCCAUCAUGGCCGACGACGCACCGCCCGACGAAGACCAUCGCGCCCAGGCCCCCGAGAGCGCGGAAGACAGCUCUGAUACCACCACC